AUGUCGCGCGCGAGCGGCAAGCAGCGGGUGUGCUACUUCUACGACUCUGACAUUGGCAACUACUACUAUGGCCAGGGCCAUCCCAUGAAGCCUCAUCGUAUUCGCAUGGCUCACAACCUGCUGCUCAACUAUGGCCUCUACAAGAAGAUGGAGAUCUACCGGCCGAGCCCAGCCACCUUCGAUGAGCUGCGCAAGUUCCACUCCGACGAGUACAUGCGCUUCCUGCGGCACAUCACGCCAGACAACAUGGGCGAGUACACCAAGCAGAUGCAGCGAUUCAAUGUCGGCGAGGACUGCCCCGUCUUCGAGGGCCUCUACCAGUUUUGCCAGGCCAGCUCGGGCGGCUCGAUCGGCGGCGCCGUCAAGCUCAACAAGGGCACGUCGGACAUUGCGAUUAACUGGGCGGGCGGGCUGCACCACGCGAAAAACAAGCUGCGGCCUCUGCUGGCAAGCCGCGGCGCGCGCCCGGCACCCUCUCCGCCCAAGCGCUCGCCGCCCUCGCCCCUUCCCCUGCAGGACGGCAUCGACGACGCCUCGUACGCCUCCAUCUUCAAGCCCGUGAUCGGGCAGAUCAUGCAGAUGUACCAGCCCGGCGCUAUCGUGCUGCAGUGCGGCGCCGACUCGCUCUGCGGCGACCGGCUCGGCUGCUUCAACUUGACCAUCCGGGGGCACGCCGAGUGCGUGCGCUUUGUGCUGCAGCAGAAGGUGCCCACGCUCAUCCUGGGCGGCGGCGGCUACACGAUCCGCAACGUGUCGCGCUGCUGGACGUACGAGUCUGCCGUGGUGCUGAAUGAGGAGAUCUCGGACGACCUCCCGUACAACGACUACUACGAGUACUAUGGGCCGGACUACAAGCUGCACUACGCGCCCUCGGGCAUGGAGAACCUCAACAUCCCCGAGAACCUCGAGAAGAUCAAGUCCAAGGUCUUCGAGCACUUGCGGCAGCUGCAGCCGGCGCCGAACGACGACCCGGACGUGCGGGUGAGCCAGCGGGGGGGCGACGAGCGGCAGGAGCAUGGGGCGGAGUUCUACUCGGGCAGGCCAGGCGAGUGA